AUGAAACUCUCCCCCAUACCAAAUUUUGCCUUUGUUUCUUUGGAGGAAGCCAAUGCUCUUCAUAAAUGGAAAGCAACCCUUCAAAUCCCAAACAAUUCCUUGAUUUCUUCAUGGAUUCCUCUCCCUUUGAAUUCCAGUGUAUCAGUUCCAUGCACUUCUUGGUUUGGAAUAGUUUGCAAUGCUGAUGGGAGCAUUAAGAACUUGAACAUCAGUGCAUCUGGAUUAAAGGCAAAUAACUUUUCUGGUGUAAUCCCACCUGAAAUAGGGACAAUGCUAUACAAUCUUGAGAUAUUUUACCUGAAUGGAAAUAACCUGAGUGGUUCCAUACCACGAGAGAUCGGUCAACUAACCUCACUCUAUAAGCUUCAAUUGUCUGACAAUUUUCUUCAAGGAGAAUUGCCUCCAACACUGGGAAAUUUAACAAAGUUAGUUCAUCUCUAUCAGUAUAACAAUAAACUUUUGGGUGAAAUUCUUUCAUCAUUGGGUGAUUUGACAUCUUUGAAUGUCAUUUAUUUGGACCACAAUCAACUCUCUGGUCCUAUUCCUAUCGAAGUUGGGAAUUAG